AGUUUCUUCAUCCCCCGAGCCUCCCUGUUAGCCUGCUGCCACGCUGUGCUGUCGGCCUAUUGAUCGUGAGCCCCGAUCUGCGCAAAACCAUCCUGUCGAUACUGCACAAGAAGACACACAAGUCUUCGAGGUUGAUGUGUUCAGCGGUCCUGUCCGGGGCGUGUCUGGUGUUCAGGGGAUGCUGCUUUCUCUAUUCCUUUCUCUGCUGUGGGCUGCGAAGUGCGCCAUCUCGGCCUUCCACGGGACGCUCCCCGUUGGGUUGGUUCUGCAUCCAGCCAGUUUCCUGCACCAGAGACAUCUGCAGCUGCAACGUCGCCUCUCUGCCGACUUCUCUGCCCUUUACCACAGAGAGAGUGUACAGUACGUCAGAGUUUCACUGUGUCACACGCCAUUUCUUGUAUCAUCCGUUUUUACAGGGCGACGAACGGCAGCUACGGGCGCUGCCUGACGAGAAGGCGGAACUGGCCCCUGAUCUGGCCCCUGAUGCCAACCGAUAUACGGACGCAAAGCUGAAGGCGAAUUGGGCGGUGUGUCAUUUUGUGUGUGUGUGGGUGGGUGGGUGGGUGGGUGAGUGCUAUGUGUUGCUAUAUCGUAUACCCACUGUCUGUCUGUCUCUGUCUGUGUCUGUAGGAUGGUUACCUUCGAAUGGACGCCUAUCUUCGACAGCGAGUUGAAGAGAAAACAAGAGACCGAGAUCUAUAUGAGGCACAGCUGGCGCAGUUGAAUAAAGAGAUGGCCGCCACACGAGCAGAAGGAAGGCUGCCAUCACUUAGCGACACUGAGAAAGAGAAGCGGCUGUUGAAGCUCAUAGACUCCUGCGAUGCGCAAAUCAUAAACGUCGAUGACAAACGUACAAUCAAUUGGUCCCAGCGGGUAGUUGGUCAUCUUUUAUGUUUUUCUCAUGCAGGGCGUGAGCUUGUGAAGGUCGCAACAGAAGAAUCAGCUCAGCGUUUGUCGCCCCUGUAUCGGGCACAGCUAGGAAAAGGGGUGCGAGACAGAGCAGUGCCAAAGACAUGCCAGGCACAGCUGUCAUAGAGGCGUGAGUAUGUGUGUCUGUGUGGGCAGAGCAGGCAGAGGUGCAGAAGCUCACCUCAGAAGCACAGCUGAAUGCCGCAGAAACAAACCUCAUAUACUUCGUCUCUGCGGUCAUCAUGGUCGCCGUCCUUGCCUACGCGAAUCACGUCCUCCGGGUGCUCUAAGUCCUGUCAGGCGCUGCAGGACCUAGCAGGACCUCCAGACGUCAAAAGAGGCGCCCGCCGCCCAGCAGACAGACAAGACGAAUACACACAACUGGAAGCUGACCCAAGGGAGACAUCGUGGACGGCAGCGGCACACCGACCUUGGAGCGAGAGCUGUGUGCGGCGUCCUGGAUUGAAGCGCACCCUUCGCACGCCUGACGGAUUGGGAUCUGUCAGAGUAUUUGCCUGCUGCUACUGGUUUUGCGUCGCGCCACGUCAUGGCCUAUUGUCACACUAGCGAUCGUUUCAUCCAGCUGGCUGUGUGUGGUUGCAUCGAGGCAGGCAGGGAGGCAGGGAUGGAUGGAUGGAUGGAUGGAUGGAG